AUGCGUUUGCUUGAGCUUCUUUUAUGUUCAGCAGCUCUUGCUUCCCCAACAGAGCCGCCGAAAUGCAAACUUUCACCAUUCGAUAAAGCUUGGCCCAUUGACGCCGAGUGGGCGGCAUUGAAUGACUCUAUCAGUGGCAGUCUCAUCAAAACACGCCCGGCUGCAUCCUCCUGUUACAAAACGAAUCCAUUUGAUUCACCAUUGAAAUGCAACGCCGUUGAGGCCAACUGGACUCAGUCGAUGUUCCAUGCCAACCUUCCCGAGUCGAUUUCGUCCGCUUUAUAUGCCAACAAUUCCUGCCUACCUCCUGGGGCUCAAGGAUAUAGCAAAACGGUUGGUUGCCAUCUCGGUGGCUAUCCAAGUUAUGUUGUAAAUGCGACGAGCGAUGAACAGAUCGCUCUCGCUGUCAAAUGGGCUUCAGAACGAAAUAUUCGCAUCGUUGUUAAAGGAACUGGCCACGACUUAUGCGGAAGAUCCAGUGGUGCACACUCCCUGUCCAUCUGGACUCGUCACAUGCAACGGGUCAAGUUCGACCCGAACUGGAUAGUGCCUGGGACUAACAAGACAGACACCGUGCUGAUCGCUGCAAGCGGACUCACUUACGGUGAUGCAGUUGGUUACGCCCUCAGGCACGGCCAUGUCAUCGUAAGCGGUAAUGAUGCCACAGUUGGCUUGGGAGGGCACAUUCAAGGCGGUGGUCAUGGCCCAUUGUCCAGCACCUUCGGUUUGGCCGCUGACAACAUAUACCAAGUGAGAGUUGUAACGACUCAGGGUCACAUACUCACUGCCGAUGCCACUCAGAAUCAGGACCUGCUCUGGGCCAUUCGAGGGGGUGGCGCGGGACAAUAUGGCAUCGUUACUGAAUACGUGCUGAAAGCUUAUCCCGCGCCAAGUGUCAUCGAAACUGGUUUCGCUAUUUCUCCUCGUGGUAACACCUCAGCUGCAUAUGAAGCAACCUGGAACGCUUUCUCAGAGUUAUUGCGCCUACUUCCUGAUUUUAUGGAUGCUGGAUUAGCCGGUGCAGCGGUAGUACAAGGUAAUCACAAAGCCGGCAUCAGCAUCAGCCAGGGAUUUUAUGCCUUCAAUAAGUCAAAGACAGCCACCGAAAAGCUGGCUCAGAUGGCAAUCGAUCGAAUCCAUGCUUUUACUGGCAACGACAGUAGCAUCCUAUCCAUCGUUGCUUCCAACACAACUGUCUAUCCCACCUAUAAGGGGUUCUUCGAAGCCUUGAAUGCUGGAGGCUCAAACCAGGCCGGAGCUUAUUCAAUGCCGUCCAGUCGACUUCUUGGCCGCCGAGAGACAUCCAAAAUCAGCCAGAAGAGGUUAAUUAGCUACCUCAAGCGGAUGCUUACAAACUCAGACCCGGAAGGAUCCGGUAUGGUUGUUAUCGGUUUGCAAGGUGGGCCGGGUCCUGCGAACACGCCAAGAAGCAUGCAAGGCGCGCUUCUACCAGCAUGGCGAUCGACCUAUCUGCAUACAAUGAGCUACGGUCUGACUCUCGACACUACUCUUACGCCGGCAGAAACGCUGGCAAAAGGAGCACGUGACCUGAACGAUUCAAAGGAAAAGCUCUGGCAGGAAUGGGCGCCAGAUACUGGAGCGUAUAUGAACGAGGCAAAUCCUUAUACUCCGUCUUUCAAGAAGGACUUCUAUGGAGCUUUCUAUUCCCGCCUGUUGGCGGUGAAGGAAAAGUAUGACCCUACUCAGAGUCUUUGGGUUUUAUCGGGAGUCGGAAGUGAUGCUUGGGAUUAUAGUCUAGACACAGGCAAGCUUUGUAGAAGGAUUUAA